CAGCUCGAUCGCACUAGCUUUGCUGCACGACCUGCUCCGUCGCAAAUGGCCAUGGCACCGAGAGCGUUGCUCCUCCUGGCCGUCGGGCUCAUGGUCGUGGCCUCGGCGAGCGCCCACGGCGGCUACGGGUCGUGCCCCAGGGACAUGCUGAAGGUGAAGGCGUGCGUGAACGUGCUGGGCCUGCUCAAGGUCAAUGUCAACCAGCCGCGCGACGAGCACUGCUGCUCGCUCCUCGACGGGCUCGCCGGCCUGGACGCGGCGCUCUGCCUCUGAACAAAUCUCCAUGCCAAUGUGCUCGGCCUCAAGCUCGACCUCCCCGUCAACCUACGCCUCAUUCUCAACAACUGCGGCAAGGUCUGCCCCACCGAUUUCCAGUGCCCACACCACUAGAUC